CUCCAACAACAGUCUCCAGCGAAAUGCCAGAAAAAGGUAAGAAACGCUUUGCGCCCUUCGACGCAGGCGAGUCUCCGAAGCGCAUCAAGACCAACGCGGUACUACUUCCCGUGGGCGAGCCCUCACGUCUAAGAAGUAUAGCCUCUCCCAACGCACAACCGAGGGGUCGUCUUCGUGCAUAUGCAAACGCACUACGACCCACUGUGGCACUGAACCCGUCCACGCCACUCCAGGUCUUCUCGCCAGAGUCCCCCUACAAGCUCGGCAGUUUUGACUUUUGGCCGAUCACCAACAAAUCACUGGAACUUGCAGCCGCGAGUGGCCUCCGACCCGACUACGAGGCGAUUUUCGACCUCCUCUCGACUUGGCAGAACCAGGGUAUCGCAGAUUGCCCCAUGCGUUGUUUUAUACCGGACCUUCCCAACGCUCAGAAUCCCAACGAGAAGGGCCGUAUGCGGUGCGUCGAUAUGCGUGACCCUGUAUCCGGGGAGAUCCACGAAAUAGCUAUCACUUCCCUCGCCCUUACUGACGCGUUCAAAUGCGACAUACCCAACUUCCCCCUGCGUCGGGAUGGAGAGACCAUCGAGUCUGUCAUGGGAAACACUUUCAUCGCCAAUAUACCCACGACCGGAGUUGUAUCAUCUUCCGGAGGUGUCUUCAAGAUGAACUGCUCACCCGUGUGGAGUGCAGUCUACGAUAACAGAGAGAACAGUGCUCAUGGAACUGAACUAUGUGAGGUGUUUGAAGGGUAUCUCGAGAUGGCAGGGACGUAUAACCCGCAGGGAUAUGAUGCUGGAGAAGGGUAUCGAUUCCAGUGCGGGUUUUGGGGUGUAAGGUCGCGGUAUUCGAUGUUAGCAUGGGAUCCAUUGGUGCCUUGCACUGACUCCUACAUUCCGAUGGAUGUUGUAGAGUAA